AUGGUCCGGCUAGCAUUACCCUCCCGAUUGAGCUCGCACCUCUCCGCGCGGAGCGCGUCGUCAACUCCCGGCCAGAGCCGAAGCACGAGUCCUAUGAGAUCAUCAGAGACUAAACCAUUGUUACUAAAGGUCUCAGUGAUACGGGGUCGCAACCUCGCCGCCAAAGACCGCGGUGGCACAAGUGAUCCAUAUUUGGUGAUUACAUUGGGAGAUGCAAGGCAGUCGACACCAACAAUAUUCAAGACCCUGAACCCCGAAUGGAACGUCUCGUUCGACAUGCCCAUUGUGGGCGUACCGCUGUUGGAAGGAAUAUGCUGGGAUCACGAUCGGUUUGGUAAGGAUUACCUGGGUGAAUUCGACAUUGCAUUGGAGGACCUGUUCGCCGACGGGCAACUCAAACAAGAGCCUAAAUGGUACACUCUCAACUCAAAACGCAAAUCUUCCAAGAAGAAGGACAGCACUGUGUCAGGCGAAAUUCUACUGCAGUUCUCUCUCGCCGAUUCUGCGAACCCCGCCGCCACGCCGGCCGACAUCCAUCGCAAGUUCAAGAGACUGGUCUACUGCGCAGACGAUGAAGACCAGAUACCCCCUGCCGAGCUUGACGACAUCGAUAGAGAUGAUGAGACAUCUGAUGAGGCGGACGAUGCUAUUGGACAGGAACCGGUAGAAAAGCGUCGCCGGCGACUUCGGUUGGCUCGUCUGAGGCGCAAGUCUCUGGCAGCACGUGCAUACCAGUUCUCUGGAUCGGGGACCGGAGUGCAAGGUAUUGUCUUCAUGGAGAUAAUUCGAGUGACCGAUCUUCCUCCCGAGAAGAAUGUGACGAGAACAUCAUUCGAUAUGGAUCCUUUUGUCGUGACAUCCUUGGGAAGGAAGACUUUGAGAACACCUGUAAUCCGCCACAACCUGAACCCGAUAUAUAACGAGAAGAUGGUCUUCCAAGUGAUGCGACACGAACAAUCAUACACCAUCAGCUUCACUGUGAUGGACCGCGACAAAUUCUCUGGCAACGACUUUGUUGCCUCGGCCGGCUUUGCGCUACAGAACCUAGUCCAAUCCGGCCCAGAUGCAGACCCCGAGACUGGUCUUUACCACUUCGUGGAAGAUCCUGGGCAAGUUGACCCUACCACCAGUGCCAAAUUUGGCGCGCGUUCUGGAGUCAGCCCUGCUAGAUCUGCCAUCAGUCCUUCGCAUUCAUCAUCUAGUCUUUCCAGAAUGGCUCGGCCAAUUUUGAGAACCCGCAACUCUGCAACGUCUGUUUCCAGCCAGUCAAUCCCGGAAGCACCGGCUCCGACUCUGCUCACACCCUCUUCUCUCCCAUCUUCUCUCCCAGAGGAGCUGGACAGCUCUAGUACUUUACAAGUUCCCCCGACCUCCAACAUGUAUGACGGAGACUCCGCGCCACCACCCGAUGAGCAUGGCUUCAGAGCUUUCGAGAUUCCUCUGAUUCUAAAGAAUCGAGAGCGGUGGGAAGAUAAGCACUCACCGGUGCUGCUCGUCAAGGCCAAAUAUCUACCAUAUAGCGCUCUGAGACAGCAGUUCUGGAGACUAAUGCUCAAGCAAUACGAUGCAGAUGAAAGCGGUCGCAUUGACAAGGUUGAGAUGACAACGAUGCUGGAUACACUAGGUUCCACGUUAAAGGAAUCGACAAUUGACAGCUUCUUUGAACGCUUUAGCGCAGAAAAUGAAGCCAACGAUACGGAGGAUCUUUCCUUCGACCAGGCAGUCAUCUGUCUCGAGGAUACACUCCAGACUUUACAGAAGAGAAACUCUAUGGCCGGUUCUAGGGUUCCUCCCCUUCCUCCCUUGUCAACUUCUGGAAGCCAAGGAAGUGAGGCAUCCAGCAGCGACGAGCAAACAUCAGAAAUCAACGCUGCUGCAGCGACAAAUACUGACCCUCAAAGAACACAAAUUCCAACUAUCCCAAGUGAAGAUCAAAGCUCGACAGACGAGUAUCUCCAGCCUGAUGAUCUUGCAGAUGAAAGAGGCGAGGAACACGUGGUGGAAAUUCGCGAGUGCCCUCUUUGCCAUCAGCCACGUCUCGCAAAGCGCUCUGAUGCGGAUAUUAUCACGCACAUUGCCACUUGUGCAAGUCGUGAUUGGCGACAGGUUGAUAACCUGGUCAUGGGUGGUUUCGUGACAUCCAGCCAAGCCCAGCGGAAGUGGUACUCUAAAGUCAUCACGAAGAUCUCAUACGGCGGUUACAAGCUCGGAGCCAACUCAGCCAACAUUCUUGUUCAAGAUCGCAUCACGGGUCAGAUCAACGAGGAGCGUAUGAGUGUUUAUGUGCGACUUGGAAUUCGACUGCUAUACAAGGGUAUCAAGAGUCGAGACAUGGAAAAGAAGCGGAUUCGCCGUGUGCUCCGUUCUCUCAGUGUCAAGCAGGGUCGUAAAUAUGAUGAUCCAGCCUCUGCAUCUCAGAUCCAGGACUUCAUCAAUUUCCACCAGCUGGACAUGUCUGAAGUCUUGAUGCCCUUGGAAAAGUUCCGCAACUUUAACGAGUUCUUCUAUCGUGCUUUAAAGCCUGAUGCCCGUCCAUGCUCUGGUCCCAAUGAGCCGAAGAUCGUUGUGUCUCCUGCCGACUGUCGGUCCGUUGUCUUCGACCACAUGAACGAUGCAACUGGUAUCUGGGUGAAGGGUCGUGAGUUCUCAAUCGAAAGAUUGUUGGGCGACGCCUACCCAGAGGAUGCCGCUCGUUACCGAAAUGGCGCUAUGGGAGUAUUCCGCCUCGCGCCUCAGGACUACCACCGCUUCCAUAUACCCGUGGACGGAAUCAUGGGCGAGCCUAAAACCAUCGAGGGCGAGUAUUACACGGUGAAUCCCAUGGCGAUCCGAUCUUCCUUGGAUGUAUACGGUGAGAAUGUUCGCAUUCUUGUCCCUAUUGACUCCACUCAGCAUGGUCGGGUCAUGGUCGUUUGUGUUGGUGCCAUGAUGGUAGGCAGCACCGUUAUCACCCGGAAAGCCGGGGAGAAGGUUUCACGAGCCGAAGAACUGGGCUACUUCAAAUUCGGUGGUAGCACCCUUCUGGUCCUCUUCGAAGAGGGCAUGGUCAACUUUGACAAGGACCUGGCUGAUAACUCCAAGGGUCCUUUGGAAACUUUGAUUCGAGUCGGUAUGUCUGUUGGACACAGUCCGGACAUUCCCCAGCAUGAGCCCGAUAUGCCCAAGAAGGCGGAGAACAUCACUGCCGAGGACAUGCAAGAAGCCAAGCGGCGCAUCGAGGGUAGCCUGGCGCCUCCGAGCAAUCCCUCCACCGUGCUCAAGACGAUCGAAUAA